AUGUGUACUCCGCAUGCAAUUCUGUCUUCAAUUACAAGGAAAAUCACUAAUGUAGUGAUUGAAUCGGUGGUGCGUCAUGUCAGUUUUCUUCUUUUCUACAAGAAGAACCUGAAGGCCUUGGACACUGAAAUGAAGAUCCUACAAAAUCAUAGAGGAAAAAAUAAAGGAAAAGUUGAUGAAGCCCUAACCCGUGGUGAAGAUGUUAAUGAUGACGUUUCAAACUGGCUAAACCAGGUGGACGGGGUGACACAAGCAGUUGAGGAAUUUAUGGAUGAGAAAACUACAAAGGAAAACAUGCAGUGUAAGUGCUUUAAACUCUCAUGCCCUAAUUUCAUUUGGCGCUACCGACUGAGCAAGCAAGCCCAAAAGAAGAUUCAUGAUGCCAAAAAACUAAGAGAAGACGGAAGUUUUGAGAGAGUUGCACGCGCAAAGCCACCUCCUUCGGAACUUCAAUUCCCGUCUAGUUCGGAUUAUGUGAGCUUGGAUUCAAGAGCAUUGGUUUUGAAGAGAAUCAUGGAUGCAUUAAAACAUUCCACAGUUAACAUUGUUGGGAUAUAUGGAACAGGAGGGGUUGGCAAGACGACGAUGGUUGAAGAGGUCGGCAAACAAAUGAAAGAACACCGGGUUUUUGACGAAGUGGUGAUGGUAGCUGUCUCUCAAGAUGCAAACGUGUUCAAAAUUCAAGGGCGUCUCGCUGACCGUUUGAAUCUAAAACUGGAUAUGGAAACCGAAGUGGGAAGAGCCGCUCAACUCUGGAAUAGAUUGAACAAUGGAAAGAAAAAUCUCUUAAUAUUGGAUGAUAUAUGGAAAGAACUGAACUUUAAGGAAAUAGGUAUUCCUAUCACGGAUGGAAACAAAGGCUGCAAAGUUGUGCUAACAUCUCGAAUCCGAAGUGUGUGGAAACAUAUGAAAGUUGAUAGAGACUUUUCAAUCCAAGUGUUAUCAGACGUAGAAGCAUUGGCCCUAUUCAGGAAGGUGGUGGGAAAUUCUAUUGAUUCUCCUCAUCUACAUUUACUAGCAAAGAGGGUGUGUAAAGAGUGUCAAGGCUUGCCGGUUGUUAUACUUGCAGUUGGAGCAGCAUUGAAAAACAAGGAGAAAUAUGCCUGGGAAGAUGCACUUGAUCAAUUGAGAAAUAGCAUGCUAAAAAAUGUUGAGGGAAUUGACCCAAAAAUGUAUGCCUCGUUAAAGUUGAGCUACGAUUGUCUAGAAUCCAAAGAUGCAAAAUCCUGCUUCUUGCUCUGUUGUCUGUUUCCUGAAGACAACGAGAUUUCAAUUGAUGACUUGGUCAAACAUUGCGUGGCGAGGAGGUUGCUGGAUCAAAACCCGGAUACACUAGAAAAAGCAAGAUACAGAGUACUUACAGUGGUCGAAACCCUCAAAACUAGCUGUUUGCUGUUAGACGCCACUGAUGAAAAUGUCGUCAAAAUGCAUGAUGUCAUUCGAGAUGUUGCCAUUUCAAUUGCGAAAGAGCAGGAAGCAUUUCUUGUAAAACAUGGCGUCCAAGAAUGGCUGGAGAAAGGUACAUAUGAAUCUUACUCAGCAAUCUCAUUAGUGUCCGAAACCAUUCAUGAUGUUCCUAAUGAGUUAGGAUGUCCACAACUCCACACCUUAUUGUUGGAGUAUAACAAUUCCUUGCUUAAAGUUGCAGACAUGUUUUUUAGUGGGAUGGAUAGACUUGCAGUUUUAGAUGUGAGUGGAAUAAGUAUGGCUCCACUAACAUCAUCACUUGCAAAUUUGGUUAACCUUCGAAUGUUACGUCUAAAUAAAUGCAAGUUGGAAGACAUAGCUAUACUCAAGGAACUAAAGAAUACCCUUGAAAUACUUAGCCUUCGGGGUUCUGAUAUCAUGAUGUUGCCACCAGAGGUCGGACAAUUGAUUCGUCUUCGAUUGUUAGAUUUGGGAAAUUGUGACCAACUCACAGUGAUUCCACAAGGUAUCAUAUCCAACUUAUCUUGCCUUGAAGAAUUAUACAUUUCAGAUAGCUUUGAUCAAUGGGAGGCAACAACAGUCAACAAGGAAAUAAGCAAUGUGAGCUUGGUUGAGCUAAAGUCAUUGACUCGAUUAACCACUCUACAUAUUCAUAUACCAAAUGUGAUGCUAUUGCCCAAGGACCUUAGAUUUGAGAACUUGAUCAGAUUUAAAAUAUCUGUGGGUGGUAGAUUUGGAAAGAAUGAAAAUUAUUCCUCAACAAGGAUCUUGAAACUUGAAGGAAUUUCCUUACCAGAUGAGCUAAUGGUCUUGUUUGACAAAGUUGAAGUGCUAUAUUUGAAAAAAAUAGAAGCAAAACAACAUCUUACAAGAUCAAUAGCAAACAACAUCAACCAAAUUGAUAGAGUGUGCGGAUGCAUGAUCAUCUUAUUGUAUUGGAUAAGUGAGCAUACAAAGAUCAUCAAACCAAAUGACAAGAAUGCAAUCCCAAGAUUUACAAAAUGGAACAUCACACAUCUGGGAGAACAAUUGGCAAAGUCAUCCUUGUAUGAUCUGAAACAUAUUGAGGAGAGCAAUUUGAAAGACACAAUUGAAGAACAGAACAUAUACAAGCUAUUGCAAUCACAAACAGAAGAUGAGCAUGAAGAUGAAGAAUAUAACUUUGAGGAACAAAAGCAGGCUGAAUUAUCUAAAAAGUAA